AUGGCUGGCAUGUCGCAGAGUCCACCCAGCAUGUACUGGUGUGUGGGCCCAGAGGGAUCAACUUUGAGUCCAGAACGCACCAUGGAGACCCAAAGUGGUGCCAGGGACAUGGGCAGCAAGCUGUCCACGCCAGGUGGGGACUCCACAGCACCUCGGUCCCCCAGGAUGGAGGGCAUUUACACCGCAUACAAACAGGGAGACCUCAGCAGGGCUCGAGACCUGCUCAGGCAGGCCUGUGAGGACAGCACAUCCCAGCUGGAAAAGGGUCAGCUCCUGAGCAUCUCAGCGGCCCAUGGGGAUCUAGAGACGGUCCGGUAUCUACUCACCGAGAAACGGGUGGAGCUGUCCACGGAGCCCACUGAUGACAAUGCAGCCGUCGUGGCUGCACAUUUUGGGCACACGGAAGUUGUGCAGGAGCUGCUUGAGUCCUUGUCAGGUCCCUCCAGCCCGCAGCGCCUGCUGAACUGGAUGCUGGCCUUGGCUUGCCAGCGAGGGCACCUGGGCGUCGUGAAGCUCCUGGUCCUGACGCACGGGGCCGACCCGCAGAGCUACGCGGUGCGGAGGAACGAGUUCCCGGUCAUCGUGCGCCUGCCGCUCUACGCCGCCAUCAAGGCAGGGAAUGAAGACAUUGCCAUAUUCCUGCUUCGGCACGGGGCGUUUUUCUGCUCCUAUAUCCUCCUGGACAGUCCUGACCCCAGCCGGCAUCUGCUCAGGAAGUAUUUCAUUGAAGCCAGCGUCCUGCCCGGCAGCCGUGCGGGGAAAACCCCACUGCGUGUGAAAUGGUCCCAUCUCAGGUUGCCCUGGGUGAAUCUCGACUGGCUCAUAGACAUCUCCUGCCAGAUCACAGAGCUCGAUCUUUCUGCCAACUGCCUGGCUUCCCUCCCCUCCGUCAUCCCCUGGGGACUCAUCAACCUCCAGAAGCUGAACCUCUCAGACAACCAGCUGGGAGAGCUGCCCAGUGUGCAGUCAUCGGACGAGAUCAUCUGCUCCAGGCUGCUUGACAUUGAUAUUUCCAGCAACAAGUUGUCCCACCUCCCGCCUGGAUUCUUGCACCUCUCAAAACUUCAAAAACUGACAGCAUCUAAAAAUUAUUUAGAAAAAUUGUUCGAAGAAGAAAGUGCCACCAACUGGAUUGGUCUUCGGAAGCUACAGGAACUUGACAUAUCUGACAAUAAACUGACAGAACUCCCUGCUGUUUUCCUGCAUUCUUUCAAAUCGCUCAGCUGCCUGAAUGUCUCCAGAAACAGUCUGAAGGUGUUCCCAGACCCCUGGGCCUGCCCCUUGAAAUGUUGUAAAGCAUCCAAAAAUGCCCUGGAAUCUCUGCCAGACAAAAUGUGUAUCUUUUGGAAAAGCCACCUUAAGGAUGUGGAUUUUUCAGAAAACGCACUGAAAGAAGUUCCCAUAGGACUUUUCCAGCUUGAUGCCCUCAUGUUCUUGAGGAUACAGGGAAACCAGCUGGUGGCCCUGCCUCCUCCAGAGAAGUGGACCUGCAGACAGCUCAAAACCCUGGACCUCUCCAGAAACCAAUUUGGCAAAAGUGAAGAUGGACUUAAAACAAAGCGCAUUUCCUUUUUCACCACCAGAGGCCGCCAGCGUUCAGGGUCAGAGCCAGGGUGCGUGCUGGAAUUUCCAACCUUCUUGAGUGAGUCUUUAGAAGUCCUGUGUCUGAAUGACAAUCACCUGGAUGCAGUCCCGCCCUCGGUUUGCCUGCUGAAGAGCUUAUCGGAGCUCUACUUGGGAAACAACCCUGGCCUCCGAGAGCUCCCUUCUGAGCUGGGGCAGCUGAGCAACCUCUGGCAGCUGGACGUGGAAGACUUGAGCAUCAGCAACGUGCCUGCGGAGAUCAGGAAAGAAGGCCCCAAAGCAAUGCUGUCUUUCCUGCGGGCUCAGCUGCGGAGAGCAGAGAAGUGCAAGGUGAUGAAGAUGAUCGUCGUGGGUCCCCCGCGCCAGGGCAAGUCCACCCUCCUGGAGAUCUUGCAGAGCGGCAGGGCCUCCCAGGUGGCGCACAGCGAGGCCACCAUCCGGACGACCAAGUGGGAGCUCCAGAGGCCGGCAGGCUCCAAAGCCAAGGUUGAGUCCGUGGAAUUCAACGUGUGGGACAUCGGGGGCCCUGCCAGCAUGGCCACCGUCAACCAGUGCUUCUUCACGGACAAGGCCCUGUACGUGGUGGUCUGGAACCUGGCGCUGGGAGAGGAGGCUCUGGCCAGCCUGCAGUUCUGGCUGCUCAGCAUCGAGGCCAAGGCCCCCAAUGCAGUGGUGCUGGUGGUCGGAACACACCUGGACUUAAUUGAAGCCAAAUUCCGAGUAGAGAGAAUUGCAACUCUUCGCGCCUACGUGCUGGCCCUGUGCCGCUCACCCUCGGGGUCCAGAGCCACUGGCUUCCCGGACAUCACUUUCAAACACUUACAUGAGAUCUCCUGCAAGAGCCUAGAAGGCCAGGAGGGGCUACGGCAGCUGAUCUUCCAUGUCACAUGCAACAUGAAGGACGUGGGCAGCACCAUCGGCUGCCAGCGGCUUGCGGGGAGGCUGAUCCCCAGGAGCUACCUGAGCCUGCAGGAGGCCGUGCUGGCAGAGCAGCACCGCCGCAGCCAGGGAGACGACGUGCAAUACCUGACGGACAGGCAGCUGGAGCAGCUGGUGGGGCAGACGCCCGGCAACGACAUCAAAGACUACGAGGACCUGCAGUCUGCCAUCAACUUCCUCAUAGAAACUGGGACGCUCCUGCACUUCCCCGACACCAGCCACGGCCUGCGGAACCUUUACUUCCUCGACCCCAUUUGGCUGUCCGAGUGUCUGCAGAGGAUCUUCAACAUUAAGGGCUCUCGCUCGGUAGCCAAGAACGGGGUGAUCCGAGCGGAGGACCUCAGGAUGCUGCUGGUGGGGACAGGCUUCACAAAGCAGACUGAGGAGCAGUACUUCCAGUUCCUGGCCAAGUUUGAGAUCGCCCUGCCUGUCGCCAAUGACAGCUACCUCCUGCCACACCUCCUUCCAUCCAAACCCGGCCUGGACAUGCACGGCACGCGACAUCCUGCAGCCAACACUAUCCAGAGGGUGUUCAAGAUGAGCUUUGUGCCGGUCGGCUUCUGGCAAAGGUUCAUCGCGCGGAUGCUGAUCAGCUUGGCUGAAAUGGAUCUGCAGCUUUUUGAGAACAAGAAGAAUACUAAAAGCAGAAACAGGAAAGUCACCAUUUACAGUUUUACAGGGAACCAGAGAAACCGCUGCAGCACAUUCAGAGUGAAGAGGAACCAGACCAUCUACUGGCAGGAAGGGCUCCUGGUCACUUUCGAUGGGGGCUACCUCAGUGUGGAAUCUUCCGAUGUGAACUGGAAAAAGAAAAAGAGUGGAGGGAUUAAAAUCAUUUGCCAGUCAGAAAUGAGGGACUUCUCAGCGAUGGCGUUUAUCACGGAUCAUGUGAAUUCUCUGAUCGAUCAGUGGUUUCCUGCCCUGACGGCCACGGAAAGUGACGGGACCCCACUCAUGGAGCAGUACGUGCCCUGCCCUGUGUGCGAGACAUCCUGGGUGCAGCACGCUGACCCCAGUGAGAAGUCGGAGGGCGUGCAGUACUUCGACAUGGAAGACUGCGUGCUGACAGCCAUCGAGCGGGACUUCAUCUCCUGCCCCAGACACCCGGACCUCCCAGUCCCGCUCCAGGAGCUGGUCCCCGAGCUGUUCAUGACCGACUUUCCGGCCAGGCUUUUCCUGGAGAACAGCAAGCUGGAGCACAGCGAGGAUGAGAGCAGCAUCCUGGGCCAGGGUGGCAGCGGCACCGUCAUCUACCGCGCCCGGUACCAGGGCCAGCCCGUGGCUGUGAAGCGAUUCCACAUCAAGAAAUUCAAGAAUUUCGCUAAUGCACCCGCAGACACCAUGCUGAGGCACCUGCGGGCCACGGACGCCAUGAAGAACUUCUCGGAGUUCCGGCAAGAGGCCAGCAUGCUGCAUGCCCUGCACCACCCAUGCAUCGUGGCACUCGUCGGCAUUAGCAUCCACCCACUCUGUUUUGCCCUGGAGCUUGCCCCGCUCAGCAGCCUCAACACCGUGCUGUCUGAGAAUGCCAGAGAUUCUUCCUUCAUGCCCCUGGGACACAUGCUAACCCAAAAAAUAGCCUACCAGAUUGCCUCAGGCUUGGCUUAUCUGCACAAGAAGAACAUCAUCUUUUGUGACCUGAAGUCGGACAACAUUCUCGUGUGGUCCCUGGAUGUCAAGGAGCACAUCAACAUCAAGCUGUCAGACUACGGGAUCUCGAGGCAGUCCUUUCAUGAGGGCGCCCUGGGUGUGGAGGGCACGCCCGGCUACCAGGCCCCGGAGAUCAGGCCUCGGAUUGUGUAUGAUGAGAAGGUAGACAUGUUCUCCUAUGGAAUGGUGCUCUACGAGUUGCUGUCAGGACAGCGCCCUGCGCUGGGUCACCACCAGCUUCAGAUUGCCAAGAAGCUGUCCAAAGGCAUCCGCCCCCUUCUGGGGCAGCCAGAGGAGGUGCAGUUCCACCGACUCCAGGUGCUCAUGACGGAGUGCUGGGACACGAAGCCCGAGAAGCGCCCGCUGGCCCUGUCCGUGGUGAGCCAGAUGAAGGACCCAACCUUCGCCACCUUCAUGUACCUGCUGCCCUGUGGGAGGCAGACAGCCUUCUUCUCCUCCCAGGGCCAAGCCUACACGGUGGUGUUUUGGGACGGGAAAGAGGAAUCCAGGAAUUACACGGUGGUGAACACGGAGAAGGGGCUUCUGGAAGUGCAGAGGAUGGCCUGUGCCGGCAUGAAGCUGAGCUGCCAGAUCAAGGUCCAGAGCUCGCUGUGGACGGCCACCGAGGACCAGAAGAUCUACAUCUACAGCCUCAAGGGCAUGUGCCCCCUGAACGCGCCCCAGCAGGCCUUGGACACUCCAGCUGUCGUCACCUGCUUCUUGGCGGUUCCUGUUAUUAAGAAGAACUCCUUCCUGGUGCUGGCAGGCCUGGCUGAUGGGCUCGUGGCCGUGUUCCCGGUGGUGCGGGGCGUCCCGAGGGAGAGUUGCUCCUACCUGUGCUCACACACAGCCAAUAGGUCCAAGUUCGGCAUCCCAGACGACGAUGCGCGGCAGAACCCCUACGCGGUGAAGGCCAUGGAGGUGGUCAACAGCGGGUCAGAGGUCUGGUACAGCAACGGGCCAGGCCUCCUCGUCAUCGACUGCGCAGCCCUGGACAUCAGCAGGCGGCUGGAGCCCUACACCACCCCCUCGGCCAUCACAUCGGUCGUGUGCAGCUCGGACUGCAGAGGGGAGGAAGUCGUCUGGUGCUUGGAUGACAAGACCAACUCCCUGGUGAUGUACCAUUCGGCUACCUACCAGCUGUGUGCCCGGUACUCCUGCGGGGACCCCAGCCCCCUCAGGGACAUGUUCCCCGUGCGGCCCUCAGGUCCAGAAGCGCUGCAUAGCCACACAGCCAGCCCACAGGAGCCCGAGGGAGACUGCAUCGCAGAUGUGAGCAUCAUGUACAGUGAGGAGCUGGGCACACAGAUCUUGACCCACCAGGACUCACUGACUGACUAUUGCUCCAUGUCCUCCUACUCCUCGUCCCCACCCUCCAGCCUGCUCAGCCCACCAGCCAGCAGUCCCAGCAUGCCUUUCUCCACAGACUGCGAGGACCCGGAGCGGCUGCAGGAGCCCAGCGCCACCUCGGGCAGGUCUGAGCAUGACCUGACCCCCAUGGAUGGGGAGCCGCUCAGCCAGCACCUGCAGGCCGUGAAGGUCCUCGCCGUCAGAGACCUCAUCUGGGUUCCCAGGCAUGGCGGAGAUAUUAUCGUCAUUGGCCUGGAGAAGGAUUCGGGUGCCCAGCGGGGCCGAGUCAUCGCUGUCUUAAAAGCCCGAGAACUGACUCCACAUGGGCUGCUGGUGGAUGCAGCUGUGGUGGCAAAGGACACCGUGGUGUGUGGCUUUGAGAACGAAAACACAGAGUGGUGCCUGGCUGUCUGGAGGGGCUGGGGCGCCAGGGACUUUGACAUUUUCUACCAUUCCUGCGAAGAGCUCGGCCGGCUGGAGGCCUGCGCGCGCAAGAGAAGGUAAUUCCUGCCGAAGAAGCCUGGUGUGGCCCGGCUGGCCGGGACUGCAGCCUCCCGGCCCGCUGCAGUCUCCGGGGACCCAGAAGUCUAGGGGUUUUCCUCCUAACCCCGACCUGCUAAGAAGUGCCGAGAAGUUACCUGCCUGGUGGCGCGGGUGUGGAGUUCUCAGGUUCUGCAGGGCACUUACCCAAGCACUCCGCCUUCCUGUUGCUGGUUUACAGCCUAAGGGAACGCAGUGGGGUCCUCGAGAGGCACCUCCCCGCCUUCCAUGGGCUCUAGGAGCAAGGGAGGGGGACCCCAUUGUGGGCUGGGUCCCCCAAAAGGAGGCAGGUCCUCCUUGGCAUAGUGGAGCUGCCCGUGGGGUUUUCAGCCCCCGUCUCAGAUGGAAUUACACUAGAGACUCAGGUGAGGAGCAGUUUGGGCAGGGCAGGAGGAGGGCUGGACCCCUGCCCCUUCCCCAACACCCCAGCCUCUCAGCCCAUUUCACAAGCUCCAGAGUCCCCAGAGUGGGGCCCGGGUCGGGCAAGCCGAGAUCAGGUAUCUCCGCUCAGCGAAGUCUGUGUGGGAAACCCCACUCAGGAUGCUGGGCGAGGACUGUCACCCAACCCGGGGAAUGAAUGAGCUCCUUCAAGUGCCACAGCCGGGAAGCCCAGUAUGAGAGGGCCACUCACCUUCAUUUUUCUCCCACCAACAAAGGGAAAGGGAAACCCCAUCUGCGGGCCUAGAGAAAGGGCCAUGUGUUUAUAGCCUGGUAAAAUAACUUGGACGCAGCUGGAGCACAAUCCCUAUUUGUUUGAACAUCAUAAUCUUGUUUAUCACUUUAACAGAAUAAGUAAUAUCUCAGCAGUCACCUCUGGUUGUGAAAUCACAUUGUAGGGGGCUUAUACCAAAUCAUGGAUUUGCUAAACAUUUACUGCACAUGUGGAUGGCAGACUGUGAAAAAUGAAGUUGUUCACAGGGGACGGAUGGGCACAACAGCAACAUUUGUAUAAAUGGUGUGCAUGCACACACACACAUGCACAGGCAGCCACAUCUUCGCCCAGAGUGAUUAUUUAAGGCUGCUUGAUCCAGGACGGGGAGUUUGGAUGUAAGAGCAAACUCUGCCUCAAGUUCUUGAAACUGCUAAAAUUAAAUUAUAAAGAUCAAACGUGGGAUUUGCUGGGGUGUGCAGGCAGAUGUGAGUCCUUGUAUCUGAAAAUAAACAGACUCUCAAGAAUGCAGCUGUGGACUCAGUCUCUUGAGUGCUGUGACAGCAGUGCAGGCUCAGGCCUUCUCGGGCAGGAGUGGGCGCCCCUUCUCAGCCCACUGCUGACAGCCUGCAGCUGCCCCUGGCAGUUCGUUUGCCACAGGCUUGGGGUCCCCACUUCCUUUUCUGAGCCUGGGCCCCAAGUCCUGGGGGUGGAAAGUCUGUGCCUCUCACCCACCUCACCACCUUCUCCCACGCUGCUCCCCAGCAGGGCCUUGGGGAUCUCUGCUCUCUACCUAUGCCCAUACCCCAAGCUGUCCACUUGCCCCCCAAAGGCAGUCCAGGUCCUGUCCGACCCUCAGUCAUCUAUGCCCUGUGUCACAGACCUGCAGCCUGGCAGCUUUGCAGACACUGAGGCUCUCCCACAGCCUAGCCCUCUUGCUCCUGCCCAUGGGCUCAGCUCUGCCCUGGCCUGGGCCCCUGGGAUGAGAGCCCUACAGAGCCGGAGGAGCAGACUUCUUCACACCAUGCUUCAAAACCAUCCAGGAAAUGGCCAGUGAACUUGGCUGCAUGAAAAUUAGGAACUUAAUUGGAAAACUUACUACAUAGUCCAAAGGUGGGCAACCAACUAGGAAAAAUAUUUGCAACAAAACAGAGACAUAGCUCACUUAUAUUGCACGCAAAGAGUCUGUACUUCUUAAUUAAAAAGAGAAAACCCUAUAGGAAAGUGGGAAAGGGCUGAACAGGCAACUGUCACAAAGAAAUGCAGCUCCACCCAGCAGUCACAAGACUGCAAUCAAAUGCCAUCUGCUGCCCUCACACUGCAAAGGCUCAAGGGUCAGCAGUUACUUCUUGCACACCUCCUACAUGUCAGACAUCAUGACUAGGACACAGGUUAUCAUACAGAUGAGAACCUCAGCUUCUGGGAGCUUACUUGUGCUGUGUGGGGUGACAAUGAACACAAAAAGAAAUGGUUCGCUAGUGACGGAGGGGCUGCAUUUCACUGAGGCUGUGGGAUCCCUGCGUGGGGAAGCACCAUCUGAGAAGGGCAUUUGUGUGGGGCUCUCAAGGCCCCAGGUGGAAAGGCUUGUACAUGCAAAGGCCCUGUGGUGGGGCUGAGCAGAUUCUUUGGAGAGACCCGUGAAAGCGACAGGAGAGCUCAGGGACUCAUCAAACCCAGAGCUAUAACUGUGAGUCUCUGGUGCAGCUUCUGGCAGUUUUAAGCAGGACUCAGACAGUCUCCUAAAGAACCACUUUGACUGCUUGAGUGCAGGAGGAGAGACCAAAGGGAAGUGAUCUACAUGAGGUCACUUCACAGAGGGCAUUUGGCAGAAUAUGCUACUGUUUCCGAUCCACACAUACACUGUGACCUGAAGUUCCACUCACCUGUUUAAUCCUAAAAUGUUUUUGACAGUCCUCACAAUUGCAGAGCAGGGGUGUUUAUUGCAGCAUCUCUCAUAAUGGCUGAAACAAGAAACCUCCCAACCUCUCAGGGGAGAAGUCAAAUUUCUGUAUGAGUGACAGUCUGAUGCGCUGCAGCCUGAUGAGAAAGAGGCAGUGCUGAAUGUGCUGCUCUGAAACGCUCUCUGUGGUAUAGUAUGCGUAUUUUGUCUUUAAAAAGAACCUUGCUGUGCAGUGUGUAUUUAGUUACCAUUCGCAUAAAAAAUAUCCCAGAGCUACGCCUAUGCACGUGAAAACUAUCCCAGAGGAUGCUGAGAACCUUGUAGACUUACAGUGCCUCUGGGGAAGAGAAUUAAGGUCUGGCAUGGAGGGAAAGGCCCUUUAUUUUUACUUUAUACCUUUUUCCCUGCACUCUGAAUUGCAUGCACACCUUUUUAUGGUGGUGAUCCAAGCUGAAAGGGACUUCUCCCCUGGACCCAGGAAGGAAGCGCCUCACCCUGAGUCCGUCGGAACCUGUGGGGGGUGUCAGGUCCAUCCCAGGCAAGGCCAGCCCCGCAGCAACCCUGUCCUGUCCGCCUCGCCUCCAAGGUCAGGCUGACCUGUAACCACCCUAGCUGUCUUUGAGAUGCAGGAACAGCCCCAGGCAAGGUGGAUGUGCACAGGACCGGACGGGUGUGAGGGGCUAGGGUCAGCCAGCCAAGAUCAGUGAGUUCUGACCCUGGUGUCCCCUCGUCCUGCCAUCAGGAGAGCACGCAGCCCAGGAACAGGGUCAAUGCCUUCCCUGCCUAGCAGACAACACUCAGGCCUCCCAUCCACUGUGCUGCAUGCCAGAAAGCAGCAACCUGUUGGAUGCACUGCUUGCUGGCUGGGCUGGCACCACCUUCCCUGACUACAGAUGCUGGAACCUGCAGGAUUUUGGCAAUGACCCUACCUGGAGGCGUAGCAGACCCUACUUCUCUGUCCUCCAGGGCCAGAGUGCAUGCUGCUAUGCAGGUCAUUCCUCACGCAGGAAGCAUUUGGGCAGCCUCAGAGGCAAUGUCAUGAAACAGACUCCCCCAAGGCUCAGGAAAACCUGCAAGCAUGAACUCCCAGAUGUGAGCGUGCUGCAGCCCUGGAAGGAGCACAUCUUCCAGCAUGCCAGGGCCUGGGCCUGACACUCCCUGCACCUCUAAACGCCUAAUGAUAGUUCCCAUCCAAAGCCAAGUCAAGCCAAAUCUAGGGGGACGUGGGGGAGUGCAUUAGCGAUAGUAGCACUUUGACAAGCACUGUGGCAGAAUUUGUAGCUGCACCACUUCUGCUCAAUGGCAGACCUUGACUGUUCUGGCACUUAGUUUCCCAGGCACCUUUGCAGGCAGAACUGGCCCUGGGCUGAGCUCCAUCCAGGGCAAUGUGGACAUGAUGGUGAGGGGCUGAAUCGAGAAGAGCCCUUUCGGCCCCACCGGUGCCUCCCUGUACCUUGUAAGAACAACAAGACGGGGCUCCUCCUUGGGGUGCUGGGAGGCCCCUGGGAUGGUGAUGGGAGGCAGCUCUCUGCCCCAGCCCUGGCUGCAGACCAACGGCUUCUCAUGACAUCAUGAGAUUUUAAAAAAACACUUCCUCGUUAUGCCUGCAUCUUUCAGUUCCCAAUGGCUACAGGCAAAUCCAAUUCCUCAGUGUUCAGAUACAUUUUCCAUUGGCCCUCCCGGAAGACUGCAAGUUCGCAGGUAGGCCGGCGCUCACACACACCUGUGCGUGUUCAGGCAGGGCUACGCAGUGUGGCUGCACAGGCCCCAGCACUGACUUCUGCAGUCACGAGAGCAGGGUGUGAUCUGUGAGCGUUCCCCGGGGCAGUAAGCAGUCAUUUUGUACCAAAACACGGCUGCAAAGGGGCCUGGGACUCAGCCUCAGCCCCCAAAGGCCCAAAUUUAGGGUUUGAUGGCUUUGAUGUGGAGUUGAAGCCUCACCUUUCGUAAGUUGCCCGCCUCUGUGGCCCUGGUUUCUUCUCAGUGAAACAGCCAUGACUGUUCCUCCAUCAGGAUGGGCUGGGGACCAGGGGAGACCAUGUGCUACUGCCCUGGCCCAGCUCCCCACCAGCCCAAGACCUUCUGUGAAAUCUUCCCUGAGAAGCAGGCCUGGUUCUGUGGCUGUGAAAUAGCCCGCCUGUCAGAAUAAAUUUGUGCUUUCUGAAAUAUUGGCCAAACUUUUACUAACACCUUUGUUUGAUGAUUGAGUUAAGGUGCACACACAAAAAUAGACUGAUUCAUGUAUAAGAUGAUAGCAAUAUUUAGGAGCCUCAUUUUGGGGAACAUGUUUGGAAAAAUGAAAUAAGAAUAAAAUAAGAUAAAUUUCCGCCUGGCCGCUGGCAGGCUGUCACCAAGGCUCAUCAGGCUGCAUUUCGUAGUCCACAGCGGUCGGUUAGUGGGUAGGGAGAGGCCCUGUGACUAGGGAUGGCAAGCCAGUGCUGAGAAGGGACAUCUGUCACCUGCACUGUUUAUGCGAGCUUCCCACGUGCCCCAUUCCACUGCCCUGAAAUCCAAAGCAUGAGCUGAGGAGCUCUCAAUCUGCCUUCGUUCUAAGGAAAUGCAGCUUCAUCCUGCAGCUCUCAGACGACCCACAUGGAUGCAAAGGGUAAAGCUGGGAACUGGGAACCGGGACCUGGGGGCUCUGUUAACACAGCUCACUCAGCCUGUCCUGAUGGGUUUGUGGCUCUGAUGCCCCCAGCCUUCCGUACCAGCACCACUGGCUCCGGCUCCCCGAGACAGGCAGCACCUGAAGGGAAGGGGCAGAGAGGUGAAGUCUCCACUGGCAGAGAAGUUCCACCGUAAAAGAAAGGUGUGGGCAGGUGGAAACAUCACAGGAGCUUCAAGAAGACCAGACCCAGGCGGGGAGGGACUCGGACCUCUGGGAUGGACUCUUGUUGUCAAGCGCACAGCUUAUUUAAAAAGGAAGUAGAUGCCUAUGGUCAUCAAAGAUAUUUUCUAGCUCCAUCAUUAAGAGUGACCUAAAGAGUAGCACUUUCGUACAUCACCAAAACUUGUACACUCUUCUAGGUCUGGAACCUGCGACUGUGGAGCAAGACCACACACACACACGUAGCACAGCAUACACAGAGGUACAGAGACCCACUGCACACACAAGGCAUGCAUAUAUACACAUAUGCACAUAUACAGAUACAUUCAGCACAUGUAUGCACUACACACAUAUACACAUCGCACAAAUACAUAUGCACACACCAUACCAUACCCACACACCUGUACUAUACAUGCGUAUGUACACACAAAAAAUUUACAACGGGCCUGGAACAGCCCAGAUAUUCAAAGGCUUUUAGGGCAGUAGUCAAAAGCCAAAGGAGUUGUCUGAAAAGGAGCUCACUCUGGCCCAGCUGUGACGACUGUUAACUCAUUAUUGAAAUAACACAAUGCAAUGAUAUCCAAUGAAAGGCAGUGGCGCACAAAAGACAAGUUAUUACAAAGCACAUAAAUGAUAGUUGUAAUGUAUAAGGAAGUUAGAUCUCUCAGCACAAGUGUGCUCUGCGAUGGCUCUGAAGGCUAGAGGCGUGUGCCUAUAAACAAGUGGUGUCUCCUUCCAGCCCAUGUGUAAGGUUACCUUGUAAAACAUGGCUCCUGUGUGGGUAAGAAGAAAAAGUGAACCUGAGGAACAUGCUCUUGGAAGGAGCAGGUCUCGCUGCUCAGUGGCCACCCUGACCACUAGCUAGAAAGGGGGUGGCCAGCAGUGAUGGCCGGAGGAUGCAGAGAGCCGGCUGUCCCCAGACAGUCCUGAGAAUGAGAUCCCCACCCCCUCUCAGCACACGCCUGAGGAAGGAACCUGGACUUGGCCUAUUCAGAUGCUAGCAAGAUGUGUUUUCCAUGAAGCUAGCGAAGCAGAUCAAUGUAUCUUUGAGACGUUUUACCCGGGGGAUAUCAGCCUGCAAACACACAAAGGUUUGGGAAAUGCCAGAGUUUCUGGCAGUCCACAGCUGAGACCACUGAGCUCUUUGUGAGGAAAAGACACUCAGGCUGAUGCCUGGGCUCGGGUUCCAGCCCCUGCCCAGAGAGAACUGUGUCCGCAUCCUUAUCCAGCCACACUGAGGCCUGGCCUCUCCUCCUGGGCUCGGCAGAGGUUACUGCAGGCCUAGGAAGGCUUGGACACCCUGGGAAGAGCUAUGAACACCAGUGAGAAGUUGGUAUGGGGUAAGGAGGAAAGAAGGAACUUACGACCUCAGCAUGGGUAGCUUUAGAGCACAGUGGUCUCUCCGCAUCUGUGGGGCCUGAAACUCUGUGGGGCCUAAAACUCUGAGGGAUAAACAUUUCAUCUUGGAAUAAAAACAAACAGGUGUCUGUACCAAACAUACAUCGGCUCUUGGCAUUCUUCCCUAAAUGAUGCUGUAUUCCAGCUAUGUACGUAGCAUUUGCUUUGUAUGGGGUAUUAUAAGCAAUCUAGAGGUGAUUUAAAGUAUUUGGGAAGACUGUGUAUGUUCUAUGCAAAUACUGCACCAUUUUAUUUCAGGGACUUAGCAUCUGCAGCCUUUGAUGCCCACAGGUGGUCCUAGAACCACUUCUCUGUGGAUACCAAGAGACAAUUGCAUUUGCUGUGUGACCAAUAUAAUAUUUUAGAUGUUUGUCUCUUUCUUAAGGUGUGAAGUUGGCCUGAUAUUUUAGACUUUGAUUUUAAUUAAAUGUUUACAAGUGGGAUUUAGUAAGAAUUUAAAAUCAGUGUUUAAUUGGAGAAAUUAUCAGGACUCGAGUGUUAUGUAUUCAAGUCAGGCACAGUGGCUCAUCAUGCCUGUAACCCCACCUACUGGGGAGACUGAGGCAGGAAGGUCACAAGUUCAAGGUGAGUCUAGGCAAUAGAGCAAGGCCUUGACUCAAAACAAAAAUUAAUAAGUAGAAAGGGCCGAGGAUGUUAGCUCACUGAUAAAGCCCUGCAUAGCCCUGCAUCCAAUCCCCCUUAGCGCCCCAAACCAAAGUGACGUGUUCAAUGUAGAAGCAGCGUGUUAGCAUUUAGACGGGUUAGCUCAUGUUUAGUACAGACAGUCGGGAGGCUCACAGCAUGCAGACAGUGACACGAUCCAGCAGCACCCAGCGGGCAUCCAGGUGUGCUCACAUCUGUCAGUCAGAAGUAGACAGGACGGAGUCGCUUCGGCUUUGCUGGAAUGCCCUCACCUCAGAGCUAGAGGCCGGAAGAUCCAGAGGAUGAGGCGUCCUGUACCACCCUCCCCACAAAGCACAGUCACCUCUCUCCCAGGCUGGACGGCCCCCUCCCCUGCACCCUAGGAGCCCAGAGGUCCCCGAAGAGAUGUGAGUGAUGAAAGACAGACAGACAGGUGCCGUGCCAGGCACGUACCUGUGCGACUCUGCAGAGUGAGGCUACAAGGUGUGGGACGAAUCAGCCACCUCUGAGAGGCUGGGACAGCCCGCCACUACCCCGCCUGGACACCUAGGCCUCUUCUCCCUACCUAGUGACUGGAGAAUGCAGACCCAAUCAGGAGCCCACAGUUGGGCACCGUGGCCCCUGAGGUCUUGAGCCUUUCUGGGGGGAAAGGCAGGGUGCAGGAAAGCUGUUUCUGACAUCAUUGCUCAGAUGUCCUCUCUUACCUACAGGAAGUAGUGAAGUCACAUUCUGAAGAACAAGGGGUCGGGAGUUUAGGAUAUGCAUUUUCAAGGGUCACAGUUCAGUCCAAAAUACCCUCCUCAUUCCAAAGGCGCUAUGGUGGCACCUAUGCAAUAUAACAACCAGCCGUUUAAAGAAAAGAAAAUGCGCUUACAAUAUAGUAAGUGAAGCAGGGAAGCCUUGGGAUUCAUGUUAAUAAGAAAUUGUUCAGAAUAUUUUUUAUUUAUCAACGUAUAGAUAUAGAUGAAAAGGCAAGAAAGACAUAGACCAGACUGUUACUAAUGGUAAUUUCUGACGUGAGAUUAGUGCUCAUUUUUAUUCUUUUUCUUCUGGCUUGUCCCAAUUAUUUAUUUUGUAAAAAGAAAAAAAAUCAGCUGUAAAAAUAUUCACUUUUCAUAACUAUAGAGUUACUACUGGACCAACGAGUGCACAAUCUUGCUGCGAUUAGUCCGCUUUGGGACUCUGAGCAUUCUAGCAGACAAAAGAGUACUUUUGUUGGAGAUCCAGCUUCCAGAAUCCAGAAAUAAUCCACUAUUCAAGUGAUAGCCAGUCAUCUUGUUCCUGUAAGGCUGAACAGGAAUCUUAUUUCUCCCAGGAGAGGCUGUAUGAGGCACAUUCUGCGGUGCAGAGGAUGAAACCCUCAUGGUGAGACACAGAAGCCAUUUCCUGGAGCCAACACUUCUGCCUUGGGUGGGGGCUGCUGCUGGCCCAUCCAAUCCCAGCCCUCGUGAAUGUUGACCCUUGAAUGCCAGUGGCAUAGGUGCCAGGCCUCAGGAGAGUCUGGUCAGACCCAGGGGCACUGGGAUACCUGGAAGGGGAUUUGCACACCCUCCAAACCCACCUCCUGGGUCCAAGUUUCCGAAUGAGAGAGAGGGCAGCUGCCACAGACACCACACCUCCCACAAGCAUGGAUGGCAUGCACCGGGCAGUGCCCACCCAGCAUAGACCCCACAGAGCUGGCAGCGGCUUCUGUCAGCCUCCAGGGCCAGGCUUCCAGCUGCGCGCUGCAUAUUGGAGGACUUUCAGAUCGCCGCCAUCCAGACCCCACUUCCCUGCCUGCCAUUUACAAGGACUAAGGCCCAGGGCCCAGACUCACAUGACCACCUCUCCCUCUCUUGUGGGUGGCCUCCUUCUCCGUGGAGCUCUCUCAGGAGGUGCUUGGUAAAUGCUGGUGGCCCAGUGUGUUCUGCUAUUUCCACUGCCUGGAUUUAUGGCUGUCAUCCAGCUCCCUCUGGACACCUGUCCCCACAUGCUCCUCAGAUCCCUACUUCCGCGUCUAGGCUAGCUCAGACCCUUGGCCCAAGGCUCCAUUGGUUCUGGGAUACACUAGCCCUCCAUGGGCUGCUCCCAAGAGCCGUGGUCCCUCAGAGCGCUCGGUGGGACCAGGGCGCUCCCAGCCCAUGCCACCAAUGUUCCAUCAGUGCCCCUCUCUGUGCCCCUCACUGGUGAUGGCCAGGUUCUUUCUUCAGCUAGAUCAAUGCAUGCCCACGGUGGCCAAGGCCUGGGGCCUCAUGGCCACUCUCCUCUAGGGGAGUCGCCAUAUUCUCCACCCCAGUGGCCACGGCCCACCACUUGGUAGCUCCCUGGCCUGCAUUAAUCAGCUUCCCAUCACUAGAAAUGAAAUGCCUGAGAUAACUACCCUACAAGACAAAAGGCUGACUUAGCUCACUGUUCCAGGGGUUGCAGCCCCAGACUGGGGAGAGGGUGGGGGUGCCCGAUGACAGUGGUGGUGAGCACACAGUGGGGCAGAAAUUCACCUCAGACCCAGGAAGCAAAGAAAAAGACUGGAAGUACCAGGGUCCCUAAGGCCCCUCAAGGGCACAUCUCCUGUGACCCAAGCACUUCCCACCAGCUCCACCUCCCAGCAGCCCCACCUUAACACAGGGACCUUGAGAGACACCAAAGCACAGCAGGGCCUUGGCGUCCUGGCCUACACGUGGGAGGCUUCCAGGGACAGAACUCCAUGUGACUCGGCGCAGUGGGGCACAGCAAGAGCAACAAAUGUGCAGCUCAUCCAGCCCUCAACAUCAGUGAUCCAUUUCCUUGGUUUCAUGAGCCUCGGAUGCAUGUUCCUGGGCUCGCAAGCACCACAUUACCUGGCUCCACUCAGCUCUUCACCACAUUCCUAAGGAAACCAAAGCCCAAAGCCAGCAAGAAGGUCUGGCGUUUCUCAGCUGGGGCCAGCACGAAAUUUGUAUCUUUGAACUCUGGCUGCAGAUGGGAUUUGGGACUCCCAGUGUGUCCCUCCUGGACUCAGGUUCAGCGCCCUCUCUGGCGUCAUCUGGAACUUCACAGUGCUUCUCCUAGUCCUGGCAGGCCGGGUAUGAUUGACUUUCCAGGAGGCACUUUCUGCUAUGUCUGACCCCUGCCUUCCAAGCCCACACCAGUCCCAGAAGAGGACCCUAGACAGCGCUGCAUGUGGCCCUGGUGUCCACAGCACAGGGCAGAGCCAGCCUCUGCACGUCCUCCUCUGAGAAGUGGUGUGUACCUUGCAGGGUGAAGCGACACCCAUCCCACUGGCCGGAAUGGCCCUCCGCCAAGUGCAGCCAAGGCCUGCUCUGACACCCUUCUGCUUGCACAGCGCAGCCUCCGCCCGGGGGCUGCAGAGGAGACUAGAGGAGGAGACAAGAGGUGGGAUGGUUGGAACCAGAAACCACCCCCACCUCUGCAAGAGCCGCCUCGGGCCCGAACGCCUCAACUCAGAGGUGGCUGGAGAAGUGAAAGCAAAUGGACUCACUGUCUAGAUUUUAUUUAUAAAAAUCAUUUACAUUUGAUCUAAAGUACACUGAGGUGUGUGCUGCCCUCACGGAAAUGUAUCUGCUCCUCAGUGGACCUGGGGAGCGCAUGAAAGACUGGAGCAGCCUUCACAUUGCUGGUGACAUGUGCAGAGUUGUCCCCGUGAAAGGGGAACCAGUAGCAUGCACUUGGCAAACUGCCACCCUCCAUCACAAGAGAGGAGCCCGGGACCCCUGAGCACAGGGAGGGACAGCUGAGCACAGGGGCCUCUGCUUGGCCCUGUCACCCCAAAGCCCAGCGCCCCGUUUAUCCCAAACCUCCCCCUUGGGGUUGCACCAAGGACCAAAGGAUUUGCUGGAACCCAGCCCAAAGGCUGUUCCUCAAUAUGGUGGACGGGCAGGGUUUGGAGACACAGACCCAGGUUCCAAUCUUGCCUCUGCCAUUGCCCACCCAAACCCAGGACAAAUGUCUCGGCCUCUGACACCCCUGUUCCCUGCUUGACAAAGCAGGAAAGUGACAGGGCUGAGCUAGCUAUUGCACACAGUGGGGCACACAGUGAGGACUCGGCAGUAAGGGUGUGGGCACCAGAGACCUCCACUGAGAGGGUCCUGUGGGCGUCACGUCCCUCGGGGGCAGUGUCUCUUGGCUGACCAGGGGAUCACCAGCUGCCACCCUGGUGCAGGAAGGAGGCCCCUGAGCCUUUCCCGUCAGCACUUCCUGGGAACAUCCACAGACUGCAGCCGAAGACCCGUGUCACUCACACUCAUGCGCACACUCUCUCACCCUGGCAGCCUUUGCGUAUCCAGAGCAAGCAUUGUCUCCGCCUCCUGUCCACUGCUCAAGUCAUGGAGGACACCCAGAGUCAGCGCUUGGCCAUGACCAUUCCCGUCCUCAGCCACUGCCCAAGGCUGUCCCUGCCACCCGUACUCAGGCAGCAAGCCCCUUCAGAGAGACUCCCACCCUGGCCAGACAAAACCGCGCCACCGCCUCCUCCCCCUCCCCGGAAGGAGCUGCAUGAAGGUCAGGCCCGGACUGUGAGGACUUUCGGGGAGACAGGAGGGUUGAUUCAGAGUGGCGCCUGGGGGCUGGGUGCAGAGACUUCCGUGGGGUCUCCGCGCAGGUGACACGUUUUGCUCCCCAGAGCCUGUGAUGGCAGGACCCUGCCUCUCCAACUGCCAUGGAAGAGCUCAGCCAACCAUGGUAACCAGCAGCUGGGGGCCUGGCCAAGAAGAGCCGCUGUUUGCCAAAAUAUAAGAACUCCUGUCCCUUCGCCGGCGCCCCAGGAAGAGGGAAGUCUUUCAGCUUCUGCACCCCUUACCAACAUUCCACUCUCGGGUGCAGUUCUCACCGUCGCCGCCAGGGGGCGCCCCGUGCAGAGCAGCGCUGUCCUGAGUUCCCACCAGCCCUGGGCUGGGCUGGCAGAGAAAUGGAUGCCCCUGGGCUCCUGGGCCUUCUGAGAAGAGUUUGUGGGCGUGAUGAGCUUACUUUACCAAGUGUUCCCGAGUAUGACCCCACCUGGGAGAGAAGGAACCCUUGUGGCCGCGUGUGGACAUGAGCAAACACCAACCCCCGCGGCAGCACAGCCGCGGCCGGAGGCCCACAGGAGCCCUGUGUGCCUGGGGGCGGGAAAGGGGCUCUUCUGGAAACUUUCUCAUGGACGGCUUGCAUUCCUUGUGCAAGAAAGUUGUAAAACUGUAAUUUGGCUUCUCUGCACUUCUAUCACAAGCUUGUUAAAUCUGCUCUCUGUGACAAGCACGUGAUGUGUGCGCAUGUGUGUGCUUUCCAGUGUGCACGUCGUAUGCUGUGCACACACACGAUUCAGUCCCUCUCACAUGCAGCCUAAUGGCCAGGCACAUGGCCAGGCAGGGCCCUGGGUCCACUCUGGGGGCCUUGGGUGACCUGAGUGUCAUGACACAAAGGAACAGAGGAGAUAAUGGAGGAGGAGUCAGGAAGCUGGAGGAAAAAAAUAAUUGUUCCUGUAACAGCCUCUGGACAAAAAUAGCUUCUAGAACUACAAAGACCCCGGAUGUUCACAGCUGGGACCUACCAAUCCUUGCCCUGACCUCAGUACUCCUCAGAACUCCGCUACCAUCACAGAAAUUAUUCUGCAAAGCAGAGCCUGUCCCUUACACAGCCAGGGCAAGGGAUGGAAAAAGGUGCAGUCCCAAGGCCCCUCACCCUCAGCUACAGAGGGAGGCUGUCGGCAGGAAGCUCUGGGUCUCUGGGGGACCCUCCAGCCCCCACCCUGGUUGGCUCCAGGGUGAGGCUCUGCUGGGCAGCCCUCCUUCCAGCACCACAAAUCGAGAGCCAAGAAACACAAGACCCAAAGCCACAGGAGCAGCCACAGAUUUUGAGGGAGGCUGGCCAGGCCCAGGCAGGCCAGGAUAAUUCACUAAAUCCAGUGGCCCUUGGGCUCCUGUUAACCCUGAACUUGCCCAGCUGUGAGGAAAGAGAAAGAGGUCCCCCCAUGCUCUGGGGCCCAGCUCCCUCCUGGGCCUGUGAGGAACUGCCCAGCAGCUGUUACGCCUGUCUGUGCAGCUGGAUUGUGGGUGGGCUGAGCAGAAAGGCAAGCCAGGGGGACUGUGUCAGAUGACCACAGCAGAUCUCACAUCCCUCAUCUGUCCCAUUCAGAGGUGGCAUCUUUGUCCUUCCCUCCUUGAAUCAUGAGGGUCUAUGACUUUUUCUAAACAAUAGAACGGGGUAGAGAUGAAGCGGCCUGACUUCCAAAACUCAGUCAAAAAAGGUAGUGAGUGUGGGCACUCACUUCUGAAGCCCUGAGCCACCAGAUGAGGCCGCCAUGCUGUGAGGGAGCCCAAGCUGCACAAAGGUCAUCACUGGAGAAGACACCUUCAGAUGGUUCUAGACGUUUCAUCCUCCUCAACCAUGGAAUCUUUGAAGUUGAGGCCUCAGACAUUACAGGGUAAAGACAAAUGUCCCUGCUGUGCUCUCUCCAAAUUCCAGACCCACAGGACCAUAUUGUGGGAAGACACUGUCAUAUACUACUAAGUUUUGGGAUGGUUUAUUACCACACAGCAGUGACUGGAACAAGUGGCCAAGAAAGAGGGUCAGAAAGCUGCAGCAAUCAACCUUCUUACUCCAAAUGCUGUUGGGACCCAAGAGGCCAAGGGUGAUUGGAGAGCCGACCCUUCCUCGGCAGAUUAAUGACCCUUCCUCAGGGACCUGAGUGCUGUCUCUCAGGGCACAGCUUCACCAUGAGCUGCCAUGGCUCCAGGCCCAGGGAACCAGUCAGCAGCCCUUCAGGCCUGAGAAAGAGGCUGGUGACCAAGGACUGGCCGCUCACGCUGGCUCAAUGUUUCUGGGCCAGAUGGUUGAAUGAGGGCUCAAGAGUCAUGGGCUACGAUAGCAACCAAUGCCUCCAGAGUGCCAAAAGCAAACUACUGCGGCUGUGGGGUGGCAAACUUGGACAGGAAACACACCUUGUAUUUGCCAUUUGUUUCUGGCCCAGACUGCUGCUGGGAUCCUUCUGUCAUUGGCCACUGUGAACCCUCAGGAGCAGAAAGGACAGAAGUUUGUAGGAAAGGAGAAAGGACGGCAAGCAGGUGGCUGUGGCUAUUAGGUGGGUUUGCCAGGGGGCUGGGAGCCUGACCAAAGCUCCCAGCUCCAGGGCCCAACUGACCAACAGCAGCCGGGGCCACAGGAAGUCAGCAGCUGCCUUUGCUGGCCACCAGACUGUCUGCAGGCAGGAGCCCCGAGAAGCUGCCACACAGAUGCUGUUAUUCUCCCUGCUGAGAGGCCAGCCGGGACUCGAGCGGGAGAGAGCUCCGAGGUGCGGGUUUGGCCUCACAGGAUGUGGAGCCGGAAACACCCUUGACCUUCUCCCAUCCCCGCAAUGCACCUGGGAAACAAAGGCCCAGCGAAGCUGCCCCCCCAAAAUGUGUUGUUGCCGGAGCAACCUGGCCACAGUGCUGACCAGCCUGGGAAAAAGUUGUUGUUCACUGUGGGGGGUGGGUGUUUGUUUUCUUUUGAUUUUCUUU